UUUCAAGCAUCCUUCAUUCACCCUUUCGUGUUACUUUUUCUUGGUUCUAUCUUCUUGACUCCUGUCGCCGGUCGACUUUUUCAAUCGCUUCUUUCAUCUUUCGACUUUCUCUUUUUUUCCACGUCAACAAAAAAAAAAAACCAUUUUAUAUACCCCAUCACCAACUUCAAAAUGCAGUUCUCCAUCGUGACCGUUCUUGCUCUGGCCGCCGUCGCCAUCGCCAGCCCCACAGGCUUUGCCAAGCGUCAAGACAUUGGCGCCGACAUCCCUGCCAGCACUCCUGCCAUGUCAGAUUCCCAGGGCAACGUCGUGCCCUUCAGCUCAAAGGACGUCCACCUGGGCGCUAUCAAGCGAGGAGUCUACAUCAAGAGGAGCUUUUAAAGAGGGACAUGGAGUUGAAUUUUGGAGGUAAUGGGAUAAAUAAUUUUAUCUAAAGAGAAAGGAAAGAGGAAAUGUGCAAGGAGAGCCAAUGAAUGUGCACUGAGGGGGGGAGUGAGUAGUUAUUCGCAGGGUGUGACAAUAUUUCAAUAUAGCGGCUUGUUUCACUUGAGAUGAGUCGUUCUUUUUUCUAAACAAAUUCUGCAACGGCACUUUGU